AUGGGCUUGGGCGCGUGCCUGGGGUGCGGCCUGAGGGGCAGGCGGAGGAGGACGGGCAAGGGGCGGCAUGGCGGCAAGGGGAGCCAGGGAGGGAGCGGGGCGUCGGGCAGGGGGUCGGAGGGAGCGGCGUCGCCACGGCCUGGCUCGCCUGGCGAUGUCGCAUUGAAGAGCCAGGAGAGGAGUGGCAGGACGUCUUGCUCCACUGCUGAUCGGAGGACUGAGAUCCUGAUGUCGAGCGAUGGUGAUUAUUAUGACUGCAUAUCGGAGUUUUCGGAUGCUACAGGUUCCGACGGCCGAGCGAUCAAUAAAGAUGGCCUGGUGAAGCAUUCGAUUCAGUCCAGUAUGGACGUGUCAUCCUCGCCGGAUUUGACGUCGUCCCAACCGCUUCCAGGAAUGAUCUCCAACCUGUGGGACGCGCUAUCGCGACGUGGCCAGACUGCCCCUGUCCCUUCCAAUAAGGACACCACCUCAGAUGGUGCCAAGUCGCCCCCAGAGGUUGCUGAUGUUCUUUCUGUCGAGCGUGAUGGUGAGAGCGUCUCGACAUCGUCGGCGGCGGGCGAACAGGUGGGACAGCUGCAGCGGCUGUCUGGAUGCCUCUCGCUGCUGAGGGGGCCCUCCCUCGGGGCCAGCCACAGGGGAAAAAAGGCCCACCGAAAACGCUACCCCACUAAGCCACAAGCGGGGGCCUCUCUGCAGCGCCUCGACCCCCUUGAGGACUACUCCACCGCUGCCGAGUGCUGGGAGCCCGGCGACCCAACGACCUACAAGAUACGCUCCCGGCACUACAUGAAGAACAGGCUCAAGGAGCCCUGUGCCGGAAGCUUCUAUGAGCUGAUGGAUGUGGACCUGCUGAGUUUCGACACCAAAGAGCACCACAUCGCCAGGAGGCUCACAUUACCACAGGAUCCGCACAAGCGGACCGAGGAGGAACAGGCAGCGAUCGUGCAGUUGGGCAUACCUGUGCUGUUGGUCAUCAACGUGCAGCUGCCGAUUUACCAGCCAGCGCUGUUUGGAGGCGUCGAUGGUGUUGGCCACAGCAUGGUGUACUUCUUUGCCCUUCGCGAGGGCUUCAACCCCCUGCAGGCGGAAAACCAAGGUGCUGUGGGCCUGCUGCGGCGCUUCGUGCACAACGGCCGUGAGGAGAAUGGUGACAUGACGCGGAACCGUCUGAAGCUCAUACCCAAGGUGAUCAACGUGGAGGAAUGGUCAGCGAAGGCGCCCCUCUCCAGAACGGAGGCACACCUGGUGGGCAGCUACAACAGCAAGCCCCUGCUGACCCGCCCCCAGCACACCUUCCACCACGGCCCGGGCUACAUGGAGAUCGACGUGGACGUGCACGCGUACGCCUACCUUGCCCGCCGCGCCCUGCAGUCGUUCACGGCGCGCCUGCACACUCUGGUGUUCGAGAACGCCUUCGUGAUCCAGGGCAACAGGGAAGAAGAGCUGCCUGAGAUGAUACUUGGCGUUGCGCGCAUGCACAGGAUCGACUUCAUGAGGAUGAGGCCGUUCUCUGAGGCGGCGGCAGCAACGGCAAAGGGAGAUGCCGAGGCAGAGGACGACGGGGUGGCCUCGGGCGACGCCUUGGCGGAGGGGGGCUAG